GGCUUCUCACAGAGCCGUGAGGUGGUGGUGGUGGUAAAGAUGGUGCUGAGGCUGAGGGCAGUAGCAGAGCAAAGAGGGCAGGCCCGUGGCGCUGCGCCCCUGUGUAGCGGGGAGCCUUCUGGGUAUCAGCCGUGGUGGCUUUUCUUUUUUUUUCUUUUUUUUUUUUUUUGAAGUUUUUACAAGUCCUAUGAGGAGCGGCUGAGGGAACUGGGGUUGCUUAGUCUAGAGAAGAGGAGGAUCAGGGGAGACCUCAUUGCUCUCUGCAAUUACCUGGAAGGAGGGUGUGGGGAGCUGGGAGUCAGCCUCUUCUCACAGAUAACUAGUGGUAGGGCUAAAGGGAAUGGCCUCAAGUUGCACCAGGGGAGGUUCAGCUUGGAAAUGAGAAGACAUUUCUUCUCAGAAAGAGCAGUCAUGCAUUGGGAUGGGUUGCUCAGGGAGGUGGUGGCAUUGCAGUCCCUGGGGGUGUUCAAGGAAAGGCUGGACGUGGUGCUUACGGACAUGGUUUAGUGGGUGACAGUGGUAGUAAGGGUGAUGGUUGGACCAGAUGAUCUUGGAGGACUUUCCCAACCCUAAUGAUUCAAUUUGCAUCACUUUCCCCUUCAUUUUUUUUUCCCUGGGAGGAUCAGAACUGCCUUGUUAGCAAAGUCAUGGGUUUCUGUAACACUGUUAUAUAUUUUUUAAUAUCCACCGAGUUUAUGUGUACCCAUAUUAUAUUCAUAUGGCAUUUAUGUGCACUUACAUCAUAUUCAUGAGGCAUUUGUGCACUUUACACAACACUUCAUGUGCUCUUUAGAUGACCCUGCUUGGGCAGCCAACCCAUCUAACAAAAUACGUUCAUCGGGAUCUUGUUCCUUGAGCAAUCGCGCUUAACUUAGGAUGCAAUAAACUACAGAACUACUUCAAAUCAGACCUUUAAAAUACCCUUGUGCUGAAUUUGUUCUGUCACGACGCUGCUCCUAGCCUGUCGGGGAGCAUUUUGGGGUCCCUCGGGGGUGCCUUCUACACCCCCGGAGCACGACUGGGUCCGGGAGCCGAGCCGGGGACAGGGAGCCAGGAUCCGCACCGACACCCCCGGGAGGGGGACACCCAGACCGGGGACACCCCCGGCUCCGCGGCCGUGCCGCCCUCCCGCCGGUGCGGCGGAGGCGGCGGGGAGGCCGAGCCUGCGGUGAGUGACAGCGGCGGGGCUUCCUGCGGCUGAGCGGCGGCCGUGCUCGAGCCUUUGUGUGCGGGAGGGCAGGGGGAGCCCCGCGGCCCCGGAGGAAGAGGAGGAGGAGGAGGCUGCGCUGCGGAUACCGGCGGGGGAGCCCCUUCCUCCGGGAGGGCAGAAGAAAGCCGCCGUGCCGGCCCCACAAGGCAGGUCUGUUUACUGUUUACAAGCCUGAAGAUGGCUGCUGCUUCUUCCUGCAAUGUGGAAGAAGACGAGAGCCUGAAGGGAUGCGAACUCUAUGUUCAGAAGCACAACAUCCAACAGAUUUUAAAAGAAUGCAUUGUAAAUCUUUGCAUAGCAAAACCAGAUCGACCCAUGAAGUUCCUCAGAGAACACUUUGAAAAAUUAGAAAAGGAAGAAUGCAAACAAAUACUGGCUCGGCAGAAAUCCAGUUCCCAGUCUGAUUCUCAUGAUGACGAGAUUUCCCCUCCUCCUCCCAACCCAGUGGUAAAAGCCCGACGCAGGAGAGGAGGGGUCAGCGCAGAGGUCUACACGGAGGAAGAUGCCGUUUCUUAUGUUAGAAAGGUUAUUCCAAAGGACUAUAAGACUAUGACUGCUCUGGCAAAGGCCAUCUCCAAGAACGUACUCUUUGCUCAUCUUGAUGACAAUGAACGAAGUGACAUAUUUGAUGCCAUGUUUCCCGUUACCCACAUCGCAGGAGAAACGGUCAUACAACAGGGUGACGAAGGAGACAACUUCUACGUGAUUGACCAAGGCGAGGUGGAUGUUUAUGUCAACGGAGAGUGGGUCACCAGCAUCGGAGAAGGAGGUAGCUUCGGGGAGCUGGCACUGAUCUAUGGUACACCCAGGGCUGCCACGGUCAAGGCCAAGACAGAUCUCAAGCUCUGGGGCAUCGACAGAGACAGCUACAGACGCAUUUUAAUGGGCAGCACACUGAGAAAGCGGAAGAUGUAUGAAGAAUUCCUGAGCAAGGUCUCCAUUUUGGAGUCCCUGGACAAAUGGGAGCGGCUGACAGUGGCUGAUGCACUGGAACCUGUCCAGUUUGAAGAUGGAGAAAAAAUUGUUGUGCAGGGAGAGCCUGGUGACGACUUUUUCAUUAUUACAGAGGGCACAGCUUCCGUUCUCCAGCGCAGGUCUGAUAAUGAGGAGUACAUUGAAGUGGGAAGACUUGGACCAUCAGAUUAUUUUGGUGAGAUAGCAUUAUUGCUCAAUCGGCCCCGGGCUGCUACGGUGGUGGCACGUGGACCCCUGAAGUGCGUAAAGCUCGACCGGCCCCGCUUCGAACGAGUGCUCGGUCCUUGCUCUGAGAUCCUCAAGAGAAACAUUCAGAGAUACAACAGUUUCAUUUCACUCACUGUCUAAAUGAUUCCUUUGGGAAAGCUGCCUUUGUGUGACCUUGUGCACUUAAAUUUGCUCUGUGCAGCUCCAUAGCUUUAUAAAGAAAAAAAUAAAAGGUGUGCAUUUCAUGUGUAUUUUUUCUGUUAUGUCAUGCACUGGAUGUCAGUUCAAAUAUUAUGUAUCAUUUAAGAAAGAAGACAACUGUUUGGAUAAGACUAGCUUGGGGGUACCGUGCAGGGAAGAUUAGGCUUUUGGCUUGCAGGCAAGAUUUUUACCUGUUGUUGGAUCAUAUAGAUAAAACUGUGUUUUUAACUAUUUAAACUACAUAUGAAUGUCUGUUUCCCCCAUUAUCUUACACCCACCCUUAAAGUUGGUUUUAUUCACCUUUUGUAAGCUUCUUUGGUAAAGUGAUGUCCCUCUGCCUGUCACUUCUAAAAGCCUUUUCACUGCUUAUGGACUGGAGGUUUCUGAAAUCCACGUGGUCAGUGACAGUUGCACAAUUUAAGAGGGAAGGUUAGAGAAAGGUUUUGAUCAUUCCAGUAAGCCAAGGAAAAGUAGAACUUUUGAGUCACCUUGUUUGUGGUUUAGAAAUAGGGGCCAUAUUCCUCUGUGUUACAGUCCUUUCAAGUCUGCUUUGUAGCUCUGAGGAUGUGCUAAGGCAAACAGAUUGCUCCAGUCUUCUGGGUAAGGAGUUCAAGGAGCAAUGUUUUGUAAGAAAUCAGAUGAAGCCUUUAGGAGCUAAGGUAUCCAACUUCACCUUUUUUAGAUGAGGGUUUGCAUUAAAUCCCUUAAAAGUCAAUGGGACCCUCUUCACUUAACUAAGCGGGGCUUUGUAACACAUUUAUCUGCACCAGUGUCCUCAGCCACUUCUCCGAAUAUUAUGUGAAAUACUUAAGAGAUAAUGGCAGCUGUACAUCAGCAGUUUGAUAGGACUCUUUUACGUAAGGUCCACUUAAUUAAAGUCAAAUCCUUUUUUUUAAAGUAUAUGACCAGGAUUCUCUGAAAGCCACAUACUUGCUCCAAAAUGCUGCCUCUCCUCCAGAAGACACAUAUUGCAGAACAAAAAGCACCAGGAACCUGCAACAAGCCCCGUGUGGGUGCAGCCUUGCUGGCAGCUGCGUCUGUGUAGACAUGGGUCUCCUCUUGAAUGGGCCUUUUUGCAGAGCCAGACCUUACUCUGCUCUGCAGCCCCCCAAGGUGGGAUUAGUUAGAUUACUCUUUGGGGAAGCUUUUCCUUUGAAGGAAAACUUCUCUUUGCUAACAACAGCAAACCUCUGCAUCUCAGCUACUCUGAAUGGCACUGCCCACUUUUCAGUUGCAGCAAAAUUGUAUUUAUUCUUUAUGAUAACAUUACUCUGAGUAAAUAUGAACUUUCCGUACCUUUUACACGCCAAAAGUUACAUAAUGAAAUAAGGCAGAAAUCUUCCUUUUGAAACUAGAGGUGUUAAGAACAUGUCUAGAAUUACUCAUACUGGUGUGUAAUUUGUUCUCCUUUUUGGAGUUAACAAAAUAUAAUUUGGGAUUUUCCUACUGACUCCCACCAAGAAGGCUCUUGGGACCCAAUAUUCCAGUACCUGCCCACAGUGGUUUUUACAGAGCUAACUGCUCCUUGACUUCAGAGUCUAAGUCCUCCCAUGAUUUCAAGGUGCUCAAUUUAUUUCAGCAUAUUUUCAGUGGUCCUGUCAUUGUAUAUCAGUUGCUACUAUUUAUUAUGAUUAUGUUAUGCUCCUUGCAUGUAUCAAAUAUGACCAUUCACGUUUUUCAACCUUGCAGUUUUAUGACAUACAUUUAUAUAGGCUGACGCCCAUUAUAUAUCUCAAUAAAUGUAUAAGCAUUUGCAAAACUUGUUUUGUUUCACUUUUUGUAUUCUCUUCUGCUAUUUUUAAGUCAUAUUUUUAAAGGUUACCAGUCACACAUAUAUGUUACUUAACCUAUUGCAUUUCUGUUGUAUUCAUAAAAAAAUGUGUUUUGCAUAAUAUGCAAGAUACAUUUCUUGUUAAACACGAAGUUAUUAGCCUCACUGUUUAGAAUUUACUUGAGCACACACACACAAAACAGACUCUUUAUUUUAAAUCUUUAUAGAUCAUGAAGAAUACAUUUGAAUUAUGGUUCUGUUAUAAGCAAGUUCAAGAGAAGUGUAAUCAUUUAACACCAGGGUUCCUGUGCUUGAAGUGGAACAAACUGAUAUUCUAUGACAUUUGAAAGAUAAUUGUAAUAUUUGCAGUGGAUGAUGGGACAGAAUUGCAGUAUGAAUAAAAUUCUUCUACAUUA